UGACCAUCCAGCUUACCUUACCAUUUUACCCGACCGACUGCAUCUUGGUCAGCAUUUGCGGCUGGUCUGCAAUCAUACCACAGACAGAAACGAAACCUGCUCAGACCGCCUCAUCUUCUCUCCCGCUCUUCAGUCUCAAACUCCCGUCGAUCCAGGUGGAUCCCAACAUCCAAGCUUGUCUGCAGGGAUAGAAACGACCACUUCGACAAUCUCGUGUGCUUCAUUGAGAUAACGCAGACAAACACCAAGAUCCAUUCGUCAAGAGCGGACCAGCUCCUACCAUCCCAGCAGGCCGCCGACAGCACGCAAGAUGGGUGACCUACAAGGCCGCAAGGUCUUCAAGGUGUUCAACCAGGACUUCAUCGUGGACGAGCGGUACACUGUGACAAAAGAGCUGGGGCAGGGCGCGUACGGCAUUGUGUGUGCUGCGACGAACAAUCAGACGGGCGAAGGUGUGGCCAUCAAGAAGGUCACCAAUGUCUUCAGCAAAAAGAUCCUGGCCAAGCGGGCAUUGAGAGAGAUCAAGCUGCUGCAACAUUUCCGAGGGCACCGAAACAUCACUUGUUUGUAUGACAUGGACAUUCCGAGACCGGACAACUUCAACGAGACGUACUUGUACGAAGAGCUCAUGGAGUGCGAUCUGGCAGCGAUCAUCCGAUCAGGACAGCCUCUGACUGACGCUCACUUCCAAUCUUUCAUCUACCAGAUUCUUUGCGGUCUCAAGUACAUUCACAGCGCGAAUGUGCUCCACCGUGAUUUGAAGCCGGGCAAUUUGCUGGUCAAUGCCGACUGCGAGCUGAAGAUUUGCGAUUUUGGUCUGGCAAGAGGCUUCAGCGUAGACCCAGAGGAGAACGCAGGAUACAUGACCGAGUAUGUUGCUACGAGAUGGUACAGAGCGCCUGAGAUCAUGCUUAGUUUCCAGAGCUACACAAAAGCUAGUGACGUCUGGUCCGUUGGAUGCAUUCUUGCCGAAUUGUUGGGCAGCAAGCCUUUCUUCAAGGGCCGUGACUAUGUCGACCAGCUGAACCAGAUUCUUCACUACCUCGGAACACCGUCUGAGUCCACAUUGGCCCGCAUCGGAUCUCCUCGUGCACAGGAAUACGUUCGCAACCUGCCGUACAUGCAGAAGAUUCCCUUCCACACUCUGUUCCGCAAUGCCAAUCCGGAUGCCUUGGAUCUGCUCGACCGCAUGUUGGCCUUCGACCCAAGCCAACGUAUCGACGUGGAUGAAGCUCUCGAGCACCGCUAUCUCUCCAUCUGGCACGACGCCUCGGACGAGCCAAACUGCCCGACUACAUUCGACUUUGGCUUCGAGGUUGUGGAGGAGGUUCCGGAAAUGCGCCAAAUGAUUUUGCAAGAAGUCAGACAGUUCCGUCAAUCCGUACGAGCGCCGCAACAGCAACAAUACUCACAAGGGCAUCAACAGGGUCAACAGGUGCCGAUACCUGAUGGCUACGAUCGCACGCACGAGGAUCCCAGACCGCAGGAGAUGGGAAGCACGGAUCCUUAUGGCUUGGAAAGGGAGCUUCACGACGGCUUGGACGCCAUGCGAUAG